AUGUUCCAGCUGAAGAACCGGCUGCGGUUCAGCUCAGCGGCUCUGGCCGCGGUCAGACUGUUCUCUGGACCCGCACAGAACCCCGUGGUGUUCCUGGACAUAGAGGCGGACGGGGAGGCUCUGGGGAGGGUCACCAUCGAGCUGUUUGCAGACUCUGUGCCAAAGACCGCUGAAAACUUCCGCGCUCUGUGCACUGGAGAACACGGCUUUGGAUACAAGGGCUGUGUGUUCCACAGGAUCAUCCCGGAGUUCAUGUGUCAGGGAGGAGACUUCGGCAACAAUAACGGGACUGGAGGAAAGUCUAUAUAUGGAACUACUUUUAAAGAUGAAAACUUCAAGUUAAAACACACUGGACCAGGUAUACUCUCAAUGGCAAACUCUGGCCCCAACACAAACGGCUCCCAGUUCUUCAUCUGUACCAAGAAAACAGAAUGGCUGGAUGGCAAACAUGUGGUGUUCGCUCAGGUCAAGGAGGGUCUGGACGUGGUCACCAAGAUGGAGUCCUUUGGUUUGCAUGACGGCGGCGUGCUCAAGAGGGUGGUCAUCGUGGACUGUGGGCAAAUCAAAUAA